AUGGCCGGCCGCCGAUCCUACAAAUCCCGCUUCCAGCUCGCGGCGGUAGCCAUCCUGAUCAGUCUGUUCUGGCUGGCGCGGACCUGGACUUGCGACGAAGAGCAGCACCUCGAGGUAGAUACCAAGGUGCCGCUGGAGGUGCACAUCAUGUCCAAGUGUCCGGACGCGCGGGACUGCUUGAAGAAGCUUGUGGUGCCGACCAUGUCAAACGUGUCUGACAAGGUAGAUUUCAGGCUAAGUUUUAUCGGGAGCGUAACAAACGACGAUGACGGCGUCCAAUGCAAACACGGCCAAACCGAAUGCCUAGGCAACAUCCUCAUGCUCUGCGCCGCGUCCGAAUACCCCGACCCCAAACUCUACCUCGGCUUCUCGAACUGCCUCAUCAGCGACUACCAGGAAAUCCCCGCGAAAUCCCUCGCCCAAGACUGCGCGUUGGAACAUGGUCUCGACUUUGAGGUGUUGAAUGACUGCAUGAGCAAGGAUACGGGCGCAUACGGCAUGGGACUGCUUAGAGACAGCGUACAACAUAGUAAAGAUGUGGGCGUGGAAAUCAGCUGUACGAUCCGGCUAGAUGACAAGGUUAGAUGUGUAUAUGACGACGGGGAGUGGAAGGACUGCGACGGAGGGGAGAAGCCUCAAGAUUUAAUCCGCGACAUUGAGCGAAAGUACGACGAGGCCCAAGGCUGGACGUACUGA